AUGGAGGUUGUUGGCACUUGUGGAAAAGGAACUCUUUUUUCUGGAGAGACUUCAAACAAACCUAGUAUUACAUCAAUUUAUGAUGAUGUAGUUGUCGGCUUUGAGAAACAUGCAGAAAUUAUAAUGAAUAAAUUGAUCCGAGGAACUAAGGAGCGGGAUGUUAUCACCAUCUAUGGGAUGCCCGGACUAGGUAAAACAACUUUGGCAAAAAAGGUAUACAAUAAUCCCUCUAUUGUUAAUUACUUUGAUGUUAAAGCAUGGUGUACUGUGUCGCAAGCAUAUAAUAGGCGGACGUUAUUGGUUGAGAUUUUCAAACAAGCUACAAAUGAUAAGAUCAAAAUCAAAGAGGACGAUGAUGUAGCUGACAUGUUGCGCAAGGUUCUAAUAGGCAAGAGAUACCUCAUCGUGUUAGAUGACAUUUGGGAUGUCAAGGCAUGGGAAGAUUUGGGAAUAUGUUUCCCUCAAGGUGAAUGUGGAAGCAGAGCAAUGGUCACAACACGAAUUGAACAGGUGGUUAAGCAUCUUCAGCACCACAGUGAUCCAUAUUCUCUUAGCUUUCUAACGUCCGAAGACAGUUGGGAAUUAUUGGAGAAGAAGAUAUUUCGAGGAGAGAGUUGUCCCCCGGAUCUACUGGAAGCAGGGUUACAAGUUGCCCAACAUUGCAAGGGAUUGCCUAUUGUGGUUGUCCUGAUUGCGGGAAUUAUUGCAAAAAUGGGAAGGGAGGCGUCCUUGUGGCUUGAGGUUGCAAAUGACUUAAGUUCUCCUGCUUUCGAAGAGCAGAGUAUUAAGUUGAAUCAGUUAGUUUAUAAUUAA